AUGUCUAAAAGGAAAUCUAAUACAGCACCUGCCAAUCAACAUCGGCCAAAUAACUUACAAUUCAAUUCAGUCGAGUAUGAUGAGCACGAAUAUUUCGUGAACGGAAGCAUUAUUCCAUCUAUUGACUUUACGGACUGUGAACAUUCCGAUUCAGAUGCAUCCAAUAUUUAUGAGGAUGAUGAUAACUCUAAAUUUGAUUCUUCUGAGAUAAUGGAUAAUUGCGAUUCUAACUUUACUGUUCAAUCUCAUAAUAAUGUGUAUGACAGUUAUACCAGUUCACAAAAAAAAUUGGAAGAUAAUCACAAGUAUGAGUGGAUCAAAGGAGAAUAUAGUCACAAUAAUACUUUAUCAAAUGAGCUUUUCCUUAGUAAAAAUAAUGUGUCUGCUAUAUUGAAAAGUACUCCGACAGAAUUAUUUGAAUACUACUUUUCACUCGAACUUAAAUCUUACAUUGUCAAAUGCUCAAAACUAAAUGAUUAUGAUAUCACAGUUACCGAUCUAGAAAUAUUUAUAGGUAUUAUUAUUUUUACAAUGUAUAAUAAAAGACUAUCUCAGAAGGAUUAUUGGUCCUUAGAUCCAUGCUUGAGAAGUGAACUGGUGGCGUCUGCAAUGAGCCGUAACAAAUUUUAUGAUAUCAAAUCCAAAAUUAAAUUCCACGAGCUUCAAGAUCAAAAUAAUAAUAAUAGAAUUUAUCGCGUAAGAAAAUUUGUAAACAUUUUUAGACAAAAUUUGAUGAGAUUUGGAAUUUUUGAAACGGCAUUGUCGAUAGACGAGAUGAUGGUGAAAUUUUUCGGCAGAUCGGUUUUGAAGCAAUUCAUAAGGGGAAACCCAAUAAGAUUCGGAAUAAAAUUGUGGGCUCUUUGUAGUGCCAGUGGCUACCUCUUCGAUUUUGAAAUAUAUUGUAGGAAAUCUUCUAAUAAGGAUGAUAAAUUAUCUAAUUGUGCCCUUGGUAGUCACGUAGUAAUAAAUCUGCUUCAAGUUGUCAUAAAUACAGUACAUCUGCGUAACCGAGAUCGAUUACACAUAUAUUUCGAUAAUUUAUUUACGAGUCCAGAUCUUCUUGUUCAUUUGAACAAAUAUGGAUUACACGCUACGGGUACCGUUAGAGAAAACCGAGUUGCUAUUAAAAAUACAAUGAGGAAAGUAUGA